AUGUCUCCCGGCAAGGUUUCCACACUCGACUUCGACAAGUUCUACAACAUUGUCAACGGCGAGAAGCGCGGUUCUGACCAGAUCCACCAUGGCAUCAACCCGGCUACCGGCCAGGAGCUGUGGGACGUGCCCAUCGCCAGCGACAAGGACCUGAACGACGCUGUCGCUGCUGCAAAGAAGGCCUUCCCCGCGUGGAGGGACACACCGGUUGAGAAGAGGAAGGAGCUGCUCGGCCAGCUCAUCGGCCUCUUUGAGCAGCACGCGGACGAGUUCACAUCCCUGCUCUGCAAGGAGUCUGGCAAGCCUAGGAAGUUUGCUGCUAUCGAGAUCAGCGGCGUCGGCGGCUUCAUCGGCUACCACACAACCCUCGACGUGCCCAGCGAGAAGUUUGAGGACGACGAGAAGACGGUGUACACCGAGUUCUCCCCUCUGGGUGUGUGCGCAGCCAUCUGCCCAUGGAACUUUCCUCUGAUUCUGUCCGUCGGCAAGGUUGCGCCUGCGGUCAUGACGGGGAACUGCAUCAUCGUCAAGCCCUCGCCCUUCACACCGUACACGGCGCUGAAGUUUGUCGAGCUCGCCCAGGAGCUAUUCCCUCCCGGUGUCAUCCAGGUCGUUGGCGGAAACAACGAGCUCGGUGCUGAUCUGUGCAAGCACCCCGACGUUGCCAAGAUCUCCUUCACCGGCUCGAUUGCGACUGGAAAGAAGGUCAUGGAGACGGCGUCCAAGACGCUCAAGCGCGUGACGCUCGAGCUGGGCGGCAACGACGCGUCCAUUAUCCUGCCGGACGUUGACAUCAAGAAGAUUGCGCCCGAGGUGGUCAUGGGUGCGUUCCAGAACUCUGGGCAGGUGUGCGUGGCGACGAAGCGCAUCUACAUCCACGAGUCCAUCUACAAGGAGUUUGUCGAGGAGAUGGUGCACUUCACCAAGAGCAUCAAGGUCGGCAACCCGGACGACGGCGACAACCUGCUGGGCCCCGUGCAGAACCGGAUGCAGUACGAGCACGUCAAGGGCUUCUUCGAGGACAGCAAGUCCAAGGGCUACAAGUUUGCCGUGGGCGGGCCGGACGUGGGUUCAGGAAAGGGCUACUUCAUCAAGCCGACCAUCAUCGACAACCCGCCCAACGAGUCGCGCAUCAUCCAGGAAGAGCCGUUUGGGCCCAUAGUGCCGACGCAGCCGUGGACGGAUCUGGAGGAAGUGAUUGCGCGCGCCAACAACACCAACACGGGUCUCGGCGCGUGCGUGUGGGGCAAGGACGUGGAGGAGGCGUCGAGGAUUGCGCGCAGGCUGGAAGCCGGGUCGGUGUUUGUCAACUCGUUUGAGAAGCUCACGCCCCGGGCGACGUUUGGCGGGCACAAGGAGUCGGGCAUUGGCGGCGAGUGGGGCAAGACGGGCCUCUUGGCCUACUGCAACUCGCACGUCAUCCACGUGUACAAGUCGUAG